AUGCGUACCUACGACGACUCCUUCAGCGGCCAGAAGAUCUACCCCGGCAAGGGUAAGCUGUUCAUCCGCGGUGACAGCAAGAUCUUCCGCUUCCAGAAUGGAAAGUCCGAGUCGCUCUUCCUCCAGCGCAAGAACCCUCGCCGGAUAGCUUGGACUGUUCUGUUCCGUCGCCAGCACCGCAAGGGUAUCUCUGAGGAAGUUGCCAAGAAGCGCACCCGCCGUGUGGUGAAGCACCAGCGUGCCGUCGUUGGCGCCUCUCUCGACGUGAUCAAGGAGCGCCGCAACCAGCGCCCCGAGGCCCGCGAGGCCGCCCGCAAGCAAGCCAUCAAGGACGCCAAGGAGAAGAAGGCCGCGUCCGAGAGCCGCAAGAAGGCCGAGAAGGCCAAGAACGCUACUAAGGGCGGUGCCCAGCGCAUCCAGAGCAAGCAGGGUGCUAAGGGCUCUGCUCCCAAGGUUGCCGCCAAGAGCCGCUAA